UUAUUAGAUCCCGGAGCCCAGCAGGCACCAGCCCGGGGAUGUGGGGCUGGGGGUGAGCCUGCCUCGGGACGAGGGCGUCCUGCUGCAGCCAGCGCUCCCUGCUCGCCGCGUAAGUACCGCGGGUGGACCGGGACCGGGCCAGCCCGGCGAGGGGGGCUCGUCCUCUGCCUCAGCCCCACUCCGGGUGCUCCCUGCCCAGUGCCCCGGGCAGUGCUGGGGAGCUGCUCCCGAGGGAUGCAGGCACCUGCUCCGCCCCACCAGCCAGGGGACUCUGCCUCUGGCUCCAUCCCGGAGGGUUCGGAGGGUUUGGAGGGGGGUGAGAUGCUCUGACACCCCGCAGGGUCUCGGGGCAGCACCCGCCACCCUGCAGGGCCAGCUGCUGGCUCCGGGGUGAGCAGGGACACGGGGACAGCAAUGGGGCUCCAGCGCCCACCCCUGGCACCCACAAGCUCCCUGUCCCCUCCCAAGCCGAGCCCAGCAGAGCCCAGCCCUCCUGGGCUGGCACAGGGCAGCGCCAGGCUGGAGCUGCUCCCGGCUGUGCCCAGGGACUGCCAGUGCCACCAGGCAGCUGCAGCCACCAGCCCCAGCAGAGGGGGACAGCAGAGCCGUGGGGAUGGCUCAGCCCUCCCUCCGUGGCCUUGGGUGCUGUUCCACUCUGGGGUUUGGGUGCUGUGCCCCCAGCACCUCCCCACGGGCACUGCCCGGGCAGAGGGGGCUGUGGGGCUGCUCUGCACGGGGUCCUCAUCUUCAUCUUCAUCUUCAUCUUCAUCUUCAUCUUCAUCUUCAUCUUCAUCUUCAUCUUCGUCUUCCUGGGUUUCCUGGGCCCCUGAACGUUCCUCUCUCGCUGGGCACUGACUGAGAGCCACUCUUGGUUGAACUUGGCCAGCACGAGCACCCCAGGAAAGCUUUCUGCUGGGUUUGUGCCCUUCCCCGAGUGCAGCAGCCCCCUCCCCUCCCGUUCCACGGGCACGGGGAUCCCCCAGAGCAGCAAACCCUUCUCCUGGCACCCACAGACCCACUGCUGUCACCUGGGGGCUCCUGGGGUGACUCUGAGCACCAGCACCAGCCCAGGUGCCCUUUGUCCAGCCCAGCACCAUGGAGGUGCCCCCCAAGAGCCCCGACGGCAGCGAGAAGUCCCCUCAGUCCAAGGAGCUGAUCACCAGCAGCACGGGCAGCACGCUGUGCAUGAGCUCCCGCAGCGAGUCCGUGUGGACCAGCGCCCCCAGGAGCAAGUGGGACAUUUACCACAAGCCCCUCAUCGUGGUGUCCGUGGGAGUGGCCAUCUUCCUCUUCGGGGUGGUCAUCACCAGCCUGGCCUGCUUCCUGACCAAGCACAAGAAGGUGUACAAGAUGUCUGGCCCGGCCUUCCUGUCCCUGGGACUGAUGCUCCUGGUGUGCGGCCUGGUCUGGAUCCCCAUCAUCCGCAAGAAGCAGAAGCAGAGGCAGAAGUCCCAGUUCCUGCAGAGCCUCAAGUCCUUCUUCUUCAACCGCUGAGGGCAGCCAGGGCCUUCUCCAGAAGGUUCCCUGCCCUCCUCCAACCCGUGUUGAUCAGCCAUGAAAACAAACACUUUCUUGUUCUCCCUAGAGGAUUUCACCCCAUCAGUUCUUCCCUCUGUGGUCUCCAGUGUGAAAAUGAACUCUGUGCCUCAUCCCAGGGAAAAAGGAGCAGGAAUUUUCAGCUGAGCCCAGCAAGGCAGGUCCAAGGUCUCUGCAUCACCCCCCUGCCCAAAGAGUGACCCAAGAGCACAAACUGGGUAAAGCACAGCCCCAGAGGAGCCUGGGCUGAAACAAAACCCCCAGGAGGCUCUGCAGGAUCCACCGGCAGAGAGGAGCCACAAUUCCUUCCAGCUCCCUGAUCUGCCUGAGAGGCUGCAGGGUCUGCACAGCAUCAGGAGACAGAGCAGAAGCAGAGGGACAAGGACACUGCAGAGGGACACAGACCCUGCAGAGAGACACGGACCCUGCAGAGGGACACGGACCCUGCAUAGGGUCCCAGAUGCUACAGGGGGUUCCAGAUCCUGCAGAAAGUCCCAGAUCCUACAGGGGGUUCCAGACCCUGCAGAAGGUCCCAGACCCUGCUGCUCCAGGCACCUGGCAGGGCAGGGACAAGGGAAAUGUGUCUGGGAAUGGUCUGAGCUGUGGGAGCUCAGAGCUGAGGGCUGAUGCCCUCCCGGGAAACUCAGCCUCCCCCUGGCCAUCCCUGCCUGAACUCCCCCAUUUCUGGCACACAUCUCUGCCUGAAGCUGUGCUCCAAGGAGCCUUUCUGUGUCCCAGCCUGGCUGGCAGGGAGCUCGGGCUCACCCUGGCACUGGUGCCAGCCUGUGACCAGGGCUGUGUGCCUGGGCAUCCCCUCCAUCCUCUCCAUGGUCCGUGUGGGCAGAGCUGGAGGUGGCACAGCUGCAGUAGGAGUGUUUGAGCACACGAGUCGCUUUGCCCCAGGCUCAGCCUGGCCCUGAACUCUGUUUCCUGACUGGUGCAGACACCCCUGGGCAGGCAGUGCCAGCUUGUCUGUGCCAGAGCUGGCACAGGAGCCAGCAGAGCUGUUUGUUCCUCAGCCACCCUCGUGCCGUGCCACGCUCGGCUGCUGUUCACAGUCCUGCCCUGGCACAGGCAGCCUCUGCUCCUCCACUGCCCCGGGCAGGGAUGCUCCCCAAAACCCCCACUGGGGCAGCUGCAGCCAGAGGGGCACCAGGAUUCAGGGUGGGAAUCACGGAGCAGCCCCGGUGCCAGCUGGCUGCAGGUGUGGGCAUGGGGCAUGCCUGGGGCUGUGCUGGGCAGAGACCUGGAACUGGGUCCUGCUGCACUGGGCUGUGCCCAGCAGGGCUGCUCCUGCACUGCCAGGAGAACACAGGGAGCCCCGGUGCCCCUGGCCAAGGAGGAGGCACUCAGUGAAACGUCGGUGGGACAAAAAGGCACCGAGAGCAGGAAUUGGAUUGGAUUCCAGACUGGUCACUGGUAACAUGAAUGUGAGGUUUCAUUAAAGGAAAACGUUUCCAAGGGCUGCUGUGGUCACAUCUCUGCUG